AUUGCAUUCGAAUCCCGCUCAGAGCUCGGCUCAGCACAGGCCAAGCUAUGCUGUAUGGUGGCCGUGUCUGUGUGGCCAUUAUAUAAUCCAGUUAAUUUCUUUAACAAUUUUUGUUUCUCCUCGCCGUCUUCGUUGUUUUGCUAGACGAGAGGCCUCUCCAGCCAGCGUCAUUCGUUGUUUGGACCCCGCGUUGCUUGGACGUACUUUUCAGUCGGCGCGUCGUCUCUCGAAGAUCGUCUGACAUUGCCACAGCUCGAGGAGACACAAGAUAUAAGUCGUGGCCCCAGACCCCGCAUCAAGGAUUGCAGCUCGGGCGUUUGGCAUUGCGCAUACGCAGCGUGUGACGUGCUUUAAUAAGCGAUAAAGGAAUCUUGAAUAGGGUUGGCCGCAAUCCAUGCUAAUCGCUUGACCGCACGACAGUAGUCACCAGCUAAGCCAGAUCUUCCAGGAACGAAGGAGACCAAGAUGGUGCAGGAUCAGGGUGAGACCACACCCCUGCCAGAGGCCCUACUGAAGAUCGCCAAGCGGGAGUUGCGCGAGGAUCGCUGCACCCGGGAGCAGAGUCUGGAGCAGCUCCGGAAUUGGGUGGCCAAGAACGAGGACCUGCAGAAUGUUCGAUGCGACGACACCUUCCUGCUGCGCUUCCUGCGGGCCAAGAAGUUCAGUGUGCCCAUGGCGGAGCAGACGCUGCUCAAGUACCUGAACAUCCGACGCACAUUCCCACACAUGAGCACCCAGCUGGACUACCUGGAGCCGCGACUAGGCGACCUCAUCGAUCAGGGAUACAUUUUUGCAGUGCCGCAGCGGGAUAAGCACGGUCGCCGGGUGGUGAUCAUCAAUGCCAAGGGACUCAAUCCGAAAAUCCACACCAGCUGCGAUCAGGCCAAGGCGCACUUCCUCACCUACGAAUGCCUGAUGGAGGACCAGGAGACCCAGAUCACUGGCCUGUCGCAUGUGGGUGACUUUGCCGGCGUGUCCACGGCGCAUGUGACCAACUGGAACCCCACGGAGUUUGCCCGCAUCUUCAAGUGGGGCGAGCAAUCGCUGCCCAUGCGUCACAAGGAGAUCCACCUUAUCAAUGUGCCCUCCACACUGAAGUGGCUGAUCGAUUUCGUGAAGAACCGCGUCAGCUCCAAGAUGAAGAACCGCCUGAUCAUCUACGGCAGCGAAAAGGAGCUGAUGAAGAGCGUGGAUCAGGGGUGCCUUCCCUUGGAGAUGGGUGGCACCAUGCCCAUGCGUGAGAUGAUCGAGCUGUGGAAGCAGGAGCUGGCGGCCAAGCGGGAUUUGAUCCUAAGUCUGGAUAAGAGCGUCCUGCUCUCCGAUCGUGGAAUCCAGCGGAGGAGCAGCUUCAAUGCGGAAAAGGCCUCCACCGGCGGUCCCAACUUCGUUUCACAAAUCGAGUCCAUCGAAGGCAGCUUUAGAAAGCUGGAGUUCGACUAGUCGACCCAGUUCUAGUUGUAGUCUUAGUCCUUAGUCUUAGGCAUCAUCCGUUAACCCAAUGCGCAACGCUUCGCUGGUCCCCCGAUCCUGGCCAGGGCCGAUCCUGGGGAUCCCUGAUUCGCUUAUCGGUGGCACCCGCUUUACUCAUCCAGCGCUUCUUUGUAUACUGUUUUGUUUGGCGUACAAUAAACGAGAGGAAUAACUUGGAA